CCGUUCCUAAUACAUCUAUAAUUUAUUCAGACAAUUCGAACACCAGUCUCAGCCGCUCGGAGCACGGAUCUCUCCUUUCUCCAACCCAAACCCAAAUUUUUUCCAACUUGAGCUGAUAUUUUUGCCAUAUUUGGAAGCAAAUCUUUCUCUGAAAAUCUAAUCGGAGGAUCCGUGUGCAGACAUGGCGGCUCCAACAACGAGCAGAAAGAUCUCAGCUGCAUCCGCUAGGGCUCACACCCGAAAACGGAAGCAUUCCACAUCGUUUGCCCUUCCUCCAGGGAUUUUUAAAAAGAUUUCAGCAGUUCUGUUGGUGGCUGUAAUAGCAUUGGCAUACCAGGCAAUUAAACCUCCACCAUCUAAGAUUUGUGGAUCUCCAAAUGGUCCUCCGGUUAUGUCAUCCAGAAUUAAGCUGAAGGAUGGAAGGCAUCUGGCCUACACAGAAAGUGGGAUCCCAAAGGAGAAGGCCAAACAUAAGAUAAUUUUUAUUCAUGGUUUUGAUUCAUGCAAAUAUGAUAUGUUCCCCUUAUCUCAGGAAGUGGUUCAAGAAUUAGGAGUUUAUGUGCUAUCUUUCGAUAGAGCUGGCUAUGGGGAGAGUGAUCCAAAUCCAAAGCAGUCAGAGAAAAGCACAGCUCUGGAUAUUGAAGAACUUGUUGACCAGUUGGAGCUAGGAUCCAAGUUCUAUGUGAUUGGAUAUUCGAUUGGAGGAGAGAUUAUCUGGGCAUGUUUGCAACACAUACCUCGCAGGCUUAUGGGAGCAGCUAUAGUCGCUCCAUUUUCUAACUACUGGUGGCCUGGUCUUCCUGCCAACUCAUCAAGAGAGGCUUAUGAUCAGCAACUUUUACAGGACAAGUGGGCAGUUCGAGUUGCUCAUUAUGCCCCUUGGUUGGUAUACUGGUGGAAUACCCAAAAAUGGUUUCCUGCAUCAAGUGUUGUAGGUCAGCAGUCUGAUGUACUUUCUUCACAAGACAAGGAACUCUUACCCAAGUUAGAAUCUAGAGAUCGCUAUCUGGCACAGGUAAGACAACAAGGAGAAUUUGAGUCAGUCCAUCGCGACUUGAUAGUUGGUUUUGGGAACUGGGAGUUCAAUCCUUUGGACCUUGAGAACCCAUUUCCCAACGACGGCUCAGUCCACUUGUGGCAGGGUGCCAAGGAUAUGAUCGUGCCAGUUACAUUGGCACGUUGUAUCAGCCAAAAGCUUCCUUGGGUUCGCUACCAUGAGCUUCCAGAUGCUGGUCACAUGUUCCCAUUUGCAGUUGGUAUGGGCGAUGCCAUUGUGAAAACACUUCUGUUUGGAGAUCAGUAGCUGCAAACCUGCUAUGACCGGCUGGCCGGGCCUAUUGUUCUUAUAGGUCUUUGUUCUUGGUAUCUUGGUUAUGGUUUGUGAAUUUUGAUUCCCCUUUGAUACUAAUUAACUGUGUUGUUCCAGUGAGCUAUGACAACAUUUGCAUGAAUUGUUCUUUUGAUGAGUUCUGUAACCUAAAAUAGAAAUAUACAAUUUUGAGGUGAAAACAUAUUAAGAUGAGGCUGUGUUAAUGUCACAACGUCUCCAUGU